UUGUGUACCUUUCACGUGAGAAAGCCGGUAAAAUGAGUGGUGAAUUCAAUCCUGAUCAACUCAACACAUUUAGUGCAUUUCGUGAUUUUCACGCAAAAAUUUUCAUUGAAAAAUACAAACAUUGGCUAAAAUGGAAUCCAAAAGGGAAAGAUACAAUACUAGAUAUCGGUUGUUCUACAGGGGCACAAAGUCACAAACUUAUUUACCCAAUUAUUCCGAAAGAUUUCUCAAAAUUUGUCUACUCCGACAAAUGCCAAUUAAUGCUCAAUGAGGCUAAGACGCAUUUUGGUGAUGAUUCUAAAAUUUCCUAUGAAAUCUUGGAUAUUUCUUCAGACUUGGACGAUGCCAUGAAGACCAAAAUGGGAUCUUUUGAUCACAUUUUCUCUCUGUACAGCCUCACGUGGAUUGCUGAUCAGCGAAAGUGUUUUGAGAGAAUUUAUGAACUUCUAUCACCUGGCGGAGAUUGCUUUUUGAUAUUUGUAGCUGGGAGCUUGUACAUGGAAAUCGUGACGGAAUUGAUUGGGAAGGCCAGGUGGAAGAAAUUCAUAGUAAAUCCGGAUGAAGUAUACCCUUUUCCGCACAGAAAGGAUCCCAAUCCCGUCAAAACUGUCACAGAAAUGAUGAAAUCAAUUGGAUUUGUCAAUAUUAAUGUUAAAUUGGAAAAAUCCCUCUUCGUUUUCAGCACAGUCGAUGAAUUUUUGGGCUAUUUGAAGGGAUUGCCAAACCCUCUGCAAAAAAUGUCACAGAAGGAGCAAGAGGAUUAUUUAAAACAAGCUGCUGAUCUUGCUAUUGCACGUAAUUUAAUUGGUGAAAUGAGCGAAAGAAAAUACAACGAUACAGUCUCAGAAAUAUUCGUAAUUUAUGGAAGAAGAGACUGACUUGAGCGAUAAGUUGUUUACCGAUAAGAUUGGGAGAAGAGCAAUAAAUAUUGGGGAAGUAAAAAUACAUUGGUACAGUGCAAAGUGGUGACAACAAUUAUAUUUUAGAUAUCGACUGAUGUAACAAUUUGUUAGAGAUUGAUCUUUAUAAUAAAAUCGAUAUUCUUGCAUAUUUCAA